AUGUUGAGAAGUGGGGGCUUGGAGCUUCUGGAAACAUUGUGCGCGGAAGAAGCGGUAGAGCUCAAACUUGUGGCUGUAAACGUCGCCUAUCGAAAAUUUCGGUGUUGUUUUCACCAUUCCACUCGGUCCGCAUCGCUUUAUGACUGUCACGAUUACAUUAUGCUCUACUCGCCCAUCAUCGAUUAA